AUGUGUGUCAGAAAGCAAGGAAGAAAGGCGAUUCACAUGUGCUUCUGCAAGCAUUUGCGCCACACUGGAGGUAGCGAAAACGUGCAGAAAGCGGUAAGUCGGAUUUUGGAUAUAUUCGAAGAGCGUCAGAUCUACUCGAAAUCUCAGUUGGCUGAUAUGCGCGCCGCACAGAGCGACAGUAAUGAGAUGGAAGAUAAUUCGUUACUCGAUUUUGAUACUGGUUGCCUUAUCCGUGACAUCGAAGGCUAUCACAAAGGGAAUUUGGUGAUGGAACGUGCCAGAGAGUUAUUGUCAAGGAGCGAUUUCAACUUCAGAGACAAAAUUAAGAGCCGAAUGAAAGAAAUUGAACGCGCCAAACGAUCGUUCGCCCUGCAACUCCGAGAUGCUACCGUUGUAGAAGAUGCUUACCAAAAAUUUGGUGCCGGUAUUGAUGAAGUUCGUGCGGAAGUGGAAGAAAUGCUGAAGUCGGGCUUCUAUCCAGGUGCUUCGCCACCACGAGACGCUCCUUCGCCUACAGCUAAUGAUGAUCCGUUCAGUGAAGGCGUCGAAACCGCAUUCAAACGUAACUUUUCUCAUAUGCAACCAUUGUAAUU